AUGAGCGAGGAUCCUAACGUGUAACAGGUGUUGUACAUGAUAUCCUGCGAGUCCAAAAUCAGGACACAUUAUGUAAAAAAACUGGUGGUGCGCUUGUCACUGGGGCAGGUAAAUGAUUACCAUAAACUUCCUACAGUUCAACUGAAAGCAAAUUUACAACCUGCCCGCUGCCGCUCAGACGCCACCUGGGGACAACAUAGGCACUUUUAACCGGCUGGAUUUAAGAACUCAUACUUUCGAUUUUUGGAGACGCCAAGUCCGAAUCGUGUUCUUCGACUGCCAGCUAGAAGCCUGAAUGCUAAAUUAAGUUUUCGCUUGUGCCAGCCGUGGCGUCCUUUGGUCGACCAUCGAGCGGGUUGACGGCUGGCGAUGGACCGCUUCAGGUAUUUAAUUUUUAACCAAAAGCGCGUACUCUUCCUGGGUGUCCUCCAAGUGGCAUGUGCGGCGAUCUGUUUGAUUUGUGGCGUCAUGGAUGCCGUUUUCCGCAAGGAUACCCCGCUAAGUACAACCAGGACACCAGUGUGGGGCGGAAUGGUCAUGGCUUGUCCAGGUGUUUUGGCUCUGUUUGCAUCUCAAAGGAAAAAUCCAACACUGGUGAGUGUGAUGGUGGCAGCAGCGUGCCUUUCUUGCGUGGCUUCUUUCUUUGUAUUGGGCUAUUCUUGUCUAACGCUCACUUAUGGAGAGGAAGAUAAGGAGGUCUUCCACCAUCAUAACAGUCCCGAAGUGACAUUUGUGCUCCAUCGGAUGGUGAAGGGUGCCAACGCCACCACGAUCUUAAGCUGCACCCUCAGCCUGCUCCUGUCGUCCCUCAUCGCUUACGUGGGUUGCAGGAGUCUACCCCGGUGUGGCUGCUACGACGCCCGAACUGGACUGGAGACACUGGUUCCACAAUGUGACCCAGUGGAAGCUGAGAUGGUGUGUACCUGGCAAGCUGGAGGUGAUGACAGGCUCUUCAACUCUCCAGCUCAGACGAUAGACUCUGGUACCACAGAGCAGGAAGGUCCCUCAAAGUUGCCUCCAUACAGUAGACUGAACUAAAACAAAUUUCUCAUACUUUCACACGCGACUGGAAGACGUGAUGCUGCUUAAGAUUGUGCCAAUCAUUUGCUUUCUUGACAGAGCAGGUACCAAGCAUUGGGCACUCCAGUAGCAUCCUUCUCUCACUAAAGAUUACUGUACAUAGUUUCUUACGUAAUAUUUACCUAAACUUAGUAUUUCACUGCCUCUGUUGUAACAAUGUGACUUUUAAAUUUGUAAACCAUUUCAUGAAUAAAUUCUG